AUGGGUGAUUCUUCUGAUGUGUCUUGUAUGAGCGCGUCUCUGGAACAGAGUUGCGCUGCAGCUCCGGCCCUCUCCGCCACCAAGGACAUAAUUAACCUCCUCAUCGGUUUGACCGGAUGGCUGGAGCAACUAUCAGGAUGCAGAGAGACCUCAGAGUCUCCUGACACAGUGGGGGUCAGAACAGACAGCGCCCUGGGGACCUCGGACAUUGCCUGGAAAAAGCUGUCGUGCAGCAGCAGUUUGCUGGACUCCACCGAGUUCUGGCUGCGGAACGACAAGACCCUCAGCCGAAUUUACUUCCUAGAGGAUGAGAGUGAGACCAGCUGCACCAGGGUCUGCUUUGUGAACCUGGAGCGGCAUGGUAUGGACCAAAACAGCGAGCAGUGGACUGAGACUUUGGCCUCCAUCUCACCAUCCCUGCCUAAACUCUUCCGCUCUCUGGAUGUACAGCAUCUUCAGGAGAAUGAGAUCCUGCUGCUGAAUGGCCUGCAGUCUCCCAACACCUGUCCACCAGGCCCCGCCUACCAGAGCCGGAGUGCAGCUGAUGUCUGUCUGGUUCACCGCGUGGGGAGUCGGCCUGACGGCGUCGUCUGUGAGAUAAACAGGCUGCUGAUUGGCCUGGAGUCGGGUCGAGAGUGGCAACGGCGCGGGGGCGCAGCUGGCCAGCAGACCGAGGGUGACACUGAGCCCCCCGUCUCCUCCGCUGACGAGGACCUCCUCAGCUCCUCCGAACCCCCGGGGGACAACAGUGAAGAUGCCCUUCAAAUUGACUCAGGAAGUAGAGACACCACAGAACCGCCCCCAAGUGGGAGAGGCCUGAAGGAGAUAAGCCUUGGCCAAAGACCCUGUGACAGAGAACCUCAGGGUGAGCACAGUGGGAUCAAGGAUUUGGGAGUGACCCCCUGCACUGUGACCCCAGAGCUCCCCGUCCUAACCUUGUCACACACAGCCCUGUCUGAUGACAAGCUCAGCUACGCCACCUGCUGCCCCAGGACAGAAAUGCCCUUAUGUUCACAGGCCCGCUCCUUCAAGCUGCCCAAAAUCGUCAUCAUGCAGAGCACAGACAGCGAUGAGGGGUUAAGCGAUUACCCUGGGACCCCCUCCGCAAGUACUAGCACCGAGGAGGUGCCCAAGGAGGGGGCACCCCGCUGCUCCGAUACUUUUGCAGGCCCCACACCCAGUCAGCUGCCGUUGGUGUGCCCCUCCACUGUAACCUCCCACCCCCAGCUCAGAGGGCCGGUCACACUGGAGCUGUGCAUGAGAGGACAAUGGAGGGCGUCCGCAGGACGAGACUUCUCCCUGUCCUCAGCGCUCUGCAGCGUUGCACAGGUGGCAGGGGCGGUGGCCCUGGCUGACCUGGCGGAAACGGACGAAGGCACCAGCGUUGAGCAAGUCCGCGGCAACAUCGCCCACGUGCUCCUCAGAGAGGCCUGCACCGUCCUGUGUCAGCGGGAGGAGCAGAGAAACGUCAGGGACUUCCUGGAGUUUGUUCACAGCAAGAUGGUGGAGGACGUGUCAUGGCCUAAGUCCCCCGGUGUGGACAGCGAGGAGGUAGACCAAUACACCUGCGCAAUCGCUGACAGCAUCUGGAAGCAUGCCACACAGAAAGCCCUGAAGAAGAAAGAGCUGGAAAGCCCUGGCAAAAACAUCCCUAACUUGCAAGAGUUACUGUUGGAGAGUGUGAAUGCUCUAUUGUUUAAUGUUCUUUGCAUCACGUCAAAGAAAAUCAAUGACAUUUCAAAAUGUGACAAAGGCUCAUUUGAUGGGCGAGAAGGUGAAGUCCAUUCCAGAGACAAUGAAACUGUCAUGACGCCAAGUGAGAAGCCAUCAAACCGAUUACAACCCACUGGAUCCUACCAGCCCAAAAACUCUGAGCAGAACAGUACGCCUUACUGCAGAGACAAGCUGACAGCCAUCAUGGGGAAAGAGGAAGAGAAAAGCAUACAAGAGGGGGAGGAGACUGAAACAAGGGGCUCAGGCUGUCCACAGAAAGGCAAUGAUCAGCAGAGAGCAGUCCAUACGAAAGGCACUUUCUUCCCCAUCAAAGAUUGCUUGCCCCAGGCCCAGCCCUGCCAGAGAAACAUAAAUGAUCUGAGAAGCGCUUCAGACCGGGAGAAAACAGCACCCUUAGACUCAAAGUGCUCUCCCUUGAUGAGAGACAAAGUGCCUUCAGGCACUGAAAAUAAAUCAUCUCUGUUGACUCCCCAGUUCAUCCCAUCCUCUGCAGGGGUUGUGGUCAUGAGAAAUAUGGACGAAAGGUUUCCAUCUCCUGUCACCUGCUUUGCAGAUGACCUUGCCAGCACAGUCGUGUCCAUGGCUACGGAACUUGCGGUGAUCUACUUGGAGAACUCGAGUGGGAAGCAGCCGUGGUUUUGCGGCCUGAAGGGCAUAGCCAGAGAGACCCAGCAGAACCUGCUGCUCCCCAGCUGCGCCGCGGUGAGGAGGAAGGAGGUGCAGGGUGGCCCCGUGGCCGCCAAGAAGCACCGCCCGCCGCGUCUCAGCGAGAUCAAGCGCAAGGCGGAGGAGCAGCCUGAGCUGAUGGAGCGGCUGGUGAACCGGGUGGUGGAGGAGUCGGUGACCCUGGACGAGCCCCCCGACCCCCCGGCCGCCUUCGCCUCCGAGGUUGCCACCAAGAACGCGGCCUGCCCCGAGCUCAGCGUGGUGGACACCUCCAAACCGGGCCAGCCCCGGACCAGGCUGCAGUGCGAGCGCUGGAACCGAGGCAAGGCUUCCAGCUGCGAGAGCAUCCCGGAGGAGGAAGCCGGCACCCUGGGCCCGGGUGCCUGGCUGGGCCAGAACCUGAGCCGCGGCAGCUCUGUCUCCAAGCAGUCGAGCUGCGAGAGCAUCACGGACGAGUUCUCCCGCUUCAUGGUCAACCAGAUGGAGAGCGAGGGCAGGGGGUUCGAGCUGCUCCUGGACUACUACGCGGGCAAAAACGCCAGCGCCAUCUUGAGUUCGGCCGUGCAGCAGGUGGUGAGCAAGAAGAACGGGCACCUGAACGUGAGGCCCAGCUGCGUGUCCAAGCAGUCCAGCACAGAAAGCAUCACAGAGGAGUUCUACAGGUUCAUGCUCAGAGACCUGGACAGCAGACGCCACAGCCUGUCCAAAACUAAAGAGCGGAGAAAUUCCCUGCUGCCUCCCGCUCUCAGGUCACCCUUCUGCAUACGCCAGUCCUCCAUGCCUGACCGCCGGUCGUCCGACUCCAGACUAACAGUAAAUUCCGCCACCAAGGCUAACUCAUUCGAUGGCUUUGUCCACAGUGGGCACGGGGACACCCUCAGCAUCCACCCCGCGAGCUCGGUGUCAGCAAUGGGCCUGUGCAAGUCGGACUCCUGCCUCUACCAAAGGGGUCAGAUGGACCGGAUCACAGACACCCUCAUCCACGAGACGUGGUCCAGCUCCAUCGAGUCCCUGAUGCGCAAGAACAAAAUCAUCGCGGACUCCGAGGACAGUGAGGACCUGGAGGGGCCGGGGGAGCCGCAGCCACAUGUCGAGCUUUUCGCUAACCGCCUGGCGGCCAACAUUGUGGAGAGCGGCAAGUCAUUACUGGGCAGCCAGCAGACGGCAUCUGUGUGCGAGAAGAGGAGGUGCUUCAGGACCAAGAUUGAAUCAGGUUUCGCUCAUCAGAAUGACUGGAGCAGCUGGAGCCAGGCUGGUGAGUCUGCUCUUUUGUGGGGCCCGAGGGACGUACCAGAGAUUCACAUCCAGGAGGAUCAGAAGGACCAGCUCAAGGAGGACACCAUCAGCCACCACCCUGAAGACACCCUGGAGGCCCUGCUCCAGACAAGUGCAGGAAGUGUAGGCAGUGACGCUUGGGGCCUGAGUAAUUCUGCAAACGAUGGUCAGGAGAAUAUGAUUGAGGGUACAUCCAACCUGCCAGCAGGGGGUAGUACCAUCCAAAGGGAGUUGUUAGUGAUGAACUUUGACCUGGAUGGAGAUUGCAUGGACUGGGAUCUGCGGGCCACCCUGCAGUGGAUCGCUGCUUCAGAGCUGGAUGUGCCUACCAUCUACUUAAGAAAGUCACAGGAGGGAGCAGACAAGUUUCUGAAUGUGGUGCAGCUGGUGACCCAGAAAGGCUGGAGAGUGGGUGACCUCUUUGGUGCGGUGGUGCGGUACUGCCAGAUACGAGAGGAGAGGGCCAGCUCCAAGCCCAGCCUUUUGGACUGGCUGCUGCAGAGACUCUGCCCCUGACAUGCUCACAGGUACAGACUCCACUUUUGCUACAUUCACACACAAUGAAGAGAAGAGAGAGACACACAAUGAAGAGAGACAAGAGAAACUCUAUCCCUACGACAAUUACACAGUUCUAGAAACUCUGUCCCUACCAGUUACGUGCUGAUAGAGGCUCUGCCCCCACCACAUGCAACAGGAGACUCAGCCCACACCUCACUCAUACACUACUGGAGAUACUACACUUCUACUGUAAGUCACAAAUGUAAAGACAGAUUUUUUCCCUGACAAAUUCACAAACUGCUGGAGCACGUUUAUCUUUCACAAU